AUGAUAAUUGAAUCUCCUGAUGCAUUACGAAUAUGGUUGACGAAAGAAAUGGCACCAAUAUGUGACGCUGAACCAGCCGCGUUAGCCAAAUACGUAUUAGCAUUGCUACGGAAAGACAAAUCGGAAAAUGAACUGAUUGAAUUUUGUAUCGAACAAUUGGAUGUUUUUCUUCGAACAAAAGCAAAACCUUUUGUCGAAAAAUUGUUCGCAGUUAUAAGAGAUCGAACAUAUAUAUUGGAUUCACAAGGAAAUGUUAUGGGAAAUUCACAACGAUCAGGGUCAGUUAAAACUGAAAAAAAGGAAACAGAUGAAAAAAAAGAACGCAAAGACGAAGACAAACGAAAAAUGAAUAUUUUACUCGAAAAACAGAAAGAAAAGGAACGACCUAAAUCUCGAGAACGUGAGUCCGAAAAGAAGUCACCUGAAUCGGAUUCAACUGUUCAUAAACCUCCCGUGCAAAAAGCGGUUAGGAAAAGGAUUUCUCCUCCUCAGUCAACUCCACGCGAUGAAAUUCGACGAGGAUUUUUUUCAUUUUCUUAUAGAAAUGAAAGGCGUCGCAGCAGAUCUCCACGUGAUCGGAGAGUUGAUCGGCCUGAUCGUGGUCAAGAUCGUCGUAUUGGUUUGCAAACGGCUCGAAUUGUUCAUCGUCAAGCCGAUCGACAUAAAAUGGAUCGAGGUGAUCGAAUUGAACGAAAACGGUCAAGAUCACCGUUCGAUAGACAAAGGCAAAUUUUCAAUAAUUUGCGAGAUAAAAGUAUUGAGAGCGAACGUAAAAAAAGGCGUUGUCGUGAUUAUGAUGAAAAAGGUUACUGCAUGAAAGGUGAUCAGUGCAUCUAUGAUCAUGGUCCCGAUCCUGUUGUCGUUGAUGAUAUUGCAUUAGAAAAGAUGGUAGGUAGUGGAAAAGGAGCAACAAAUGUGCCACAGAUAACUCAUAACUUUAGUAUUCCACCUCCUGGUUAUACUCCUCUAAAUCCACCUCCUCCUGGAGUCGAUAAUGUCUAUGUUGCAAAUUCAAAUGCAUUGCAUCCUGUUGGAUUGUCUGAAGGUUAUAAUCCUGAGGCUCCUGCAUUAAGUGCUGCAUCCAUUGCAGCUGUUCCACCGACAGUUCAAGCACCUUCUAUUGAUUUUUCCGUUCCACCGCCUCCUUUUCCAUCUCAUGUGCCCCCUGCUGUUUCAUGGCAGCAGAAUACUUAUACGGUUCCGUCAGUAUCAACUUCAGUUCUCGUUCAACCGACAAAUUUAUCCUAUGACCCCACUCAUCCUUCAACAACAAUAACACCUCUUCCAGUUGCACGACCGAAUUCUUCUAUGCAUAGCAAUGAUCAGUCUCGACAUAGAGUAGUCAGUGGGAGGGGUGGUCAAACGCGUUAUAAUUUACGGGGAACGACUUUCAAUUCUACAAAUAAUCGAACUCUGCAAGUGCGCAAAAUACCAGCAUCAAUGAAUAAUAUUGCAAAAUUGAACGAACAUUUUGCGCAGUUUGGUCAAAUUGUAAAUAUCCAGGUAUGCUAUGAUGGGGAUCAAGAAGCUGCACUCAUAACUUAUGCAACUCGUCUAGAAGCAAUGGCUGCAUACAAAAGCACUGCACCUAUUCUGAAUAAUCGUUUUAUCAAAGUUUUUUGGCAUACUGUUGAGGACCAAUCAAGUGCUAUCAAUAAAGAAACGCUAGCCAGAUCGAGCGACUCGGAACUUGUCAAUUAUAAAGGAUCCGCUAAAAAUGUUCACGCACCACCACCAAAAAUUCAGGAAAGAACAAAUAUUGCUUCAUUAAAACCUUUUGAUAGCUCCAAAACUUCACUUUCUUAUACAAAUCCAAGCAUCGUCGAUAAAGAAAAAUAUGUCGAAGUCCGUCGUAAAAGAAAACUUGAGAAAGAAAAUAAAAUGCGUUUAUUGGAUUUACAACGAAGAAAAUCUGAUUUACUAACCAAGGAAAUAGAACAACAAAAACUCAUAGUACAAAAAAUGCAACAAUGUACUGAUCCGGAGAAAAAGAAACAACUUUAUCAGAUUUUCAAAAAAGUCGAUGAAUCGGUAAAAGUGCUGAAAUCUGAUAUAGAAGGGCUAACUGUUAAAUUACUUUCUAUGAGCGAUAGCUGUUUAAAUUCCUUCAGCGAUAUUGGCAUUGAGUCAAAUGAUGACUCAGCUAACCGACUUCAAAAAAGGGCUCGAUGUAAUGUUGAUGGUAUUGGAAAUCCUGUGGAUGUAGCAAACCCUUACAAAAAGGGUCGGCCUUAUAAUUCUACACAGGCACUUGAUAACCGUCCGCGUGUCGUUGCUGUUAGUGGUUUCACUGCUGAGAAUGAAAAUGAUGUUAUAGUGCAUAUGGAGAAUUUUGGGGAGCUAAUCGAUAUGGACUUUGCUGCAAGUGCCCAUGGUAAACCAGUGACCGCUUAUUUUACGUACAAAAAACGUCGUGACGCUGAAAAGGCUGUAGCUCUUGGGUCGGACUUUCCUGUCUGUCCACUUGUAGUUGGGUGGGUGCCGAAAGACAUAGAUCAAAAUAAUGUUGUCCCAGAUGAAAAACGUCACCCAGCGGAGCAAGUAACUCCAGCAGCGCUGCUUGCCAGUUGUCCGCUUGAAGAGGUUUUCAUUUAA